CCUCCGCCGCCGCGCUAGUGCGCACGCGCACGGGGCCUGCGCAGUCAGGCCGGGCCCUGCGGAUACGCGCACACCCACUUGGGUGUAAAUUUGCUACGUGCGUGGUGGCAGGUUUACACCCGAGUAGUUUGCUACGUGCAUGGUAGCAAAUUUACACCCGAGUAGUUUGCUACGUGCAUGGUGGCAAGUUUACACCCGAGUAGUUUGCUACGUGCAUGGUGGCAAAUUUACACCCGAGUAGUUUGCUACGUGCAUGGUGGCAAGUUUACACCCGAGUAGUUUGCUACGUGCACGGUGGCAAGUUUACACCCGAGUAGUUUGCUACGUGCAUGGUGGCAAAUUUACACCCGAGUAGUUUGCUACGUGCAUGGUGGCAAGUUUACACCCGAGUAGUUUGCUACGUGCACGGUGGCAAGUUUACACCCGAGUAGUUUGCUACGUGCAUGGUAGCAAAUUUACACCCGAGUAGUUUGCUACGUGCAUGGUAGCAAAUUUACACCCGAGUAGUUUGCUACGUGCAUGGUAGCAAAUUUACACCUGAGUAGUUUGCUAUGUGCAUGGUGGCAAAUUCACACCCGAGUAAUUUGCUAUGUGCAUGGUGGCAAAUUUACACCCGAGUACUUACUGCACGCUAAAGCACUUGUAGACACCUUCCGGCGCAGUCCCCUUGCGUGCAUGGACUGACUCGGGACAGGUAUCCGGGUUGUAGCUGUAUUGGUCUAGAGCAGUGGUUCCCAAACUGUGACAGAUUGCGCACCACCAAUUUAAAACGAUACGACCUUAAGGAUCGCCAGCAAACUUUUGUCGUAUAAAGUAAUUAUAAUAGAUCUGUUAAUAUGCGCUACGGACAGGGUGUCUGCGUACCACUGGUGGCACCUGCACCGCAGAUUGGGAACUCCGGGUCUAGGGGAAAAAGCACUCAGGACUAGUGGUAGAGGUGAUGUUUUAUUAGAUCUAGAUUUUUGCAAUUUUUUUUGCAAAAAUCUAGUUGGUCUAAUAAGCAAUAUCUGUGUACCUCUCCCAAAAGCCCUGACUGACUUGGGGGGAACUUUGGUCCCAAGCUGGUGUGCACGCAGUGUUACUGUGCUGUAGAUGCUGGUAUAAAAACUGCAGUAAGUUACUGCGCAGUAAAUGCAUGUGUAGAUGCACCCAUAGGCUCCUAGAGCAGAGGGGCUGGACGAGGCCUGCAGAGGUCCCAUGUAGUCCAGCUCUGGGCCUGAGGCAGGAUGGGCCGUGUCCAAGCCAUCCCAGACAAACCCAUCAUCUUUUUUUGGAAAAUGCCCAUCACGCCUGACCAAGCGCCGGACAUCACACCUGACCCGACCACAGGCAAAGCAGGGGGACCGCGGUGGCUAACGUCCUGCUGCUGUAAAAGGCUCAUAGAUGCUCAAGAGACCCCAAGUAGACGCCUUGCCCCAGCUGGAGGAACGCAACCCCCCAAUCAGUCCCAAUCUGCCCAGGAAGGAAGAUCCUUUCCUGACCCCCAAUGGGGCAUCAAUCUGACCCUGAGUGGAGAGGCAAGACCCCCUCACCAGGACCCUGCAGGUUUGUCAGCACUGCACGGGGGUGACUUCACGCUCUCCCCAGUAGGGUGUCGCUGAGGUUUUAUGCCGUUCCUGGUGGGGCGUUGCUGAAGUUUUAUGCCCCUCCAGUGGGUGCCACUGUGGGUCUGGCUUGGGGCAACGUGGUACCUGCUAUUGUUGCACGGUGACAACCUAGAACGCCCAAGCGGCGGCAGUUCUGUGCCGCCCACGGCCGCAGCUGGGAUCACAGUCUCCUUCCUUCCCUUCUUCAGGCCAGGGGUGGGAACCAGCGCAAGCCUCUGAUGCACCAAGAGCGUUUGUGGGCCAACAAUGGUUAUCCCCAGCAGUUGGUUGCCUCUCUACUUUGGGAGCGUAGGGCUGUGCUACAUGUUGCUCUUCACGUGCAUAUUUCUCUUGCACUGGAGGAAAGUUAUCCGGCGGGAGCAACAAGCCAAAGCGUGGGUUGAACUGGUGAAGAGUGAAACGUUCUUUCCCAACCCAGUAGUUCACUGGGCUGACAAGAGUGUCAAUUAUGGGAUUAAAGCAGAAGUGUACGCGCCUGAAUCCAGCGCCAGCACAAAGCAGGCAGGCAAAAACUCUGCCAGAGAUGAUGCGGAUGGGGUCUUUGUUUCUUCCCAGGUAGAGGCGGAUCCGUGCAAACUGGUAUUUCAGGAAUUGCCUUUUGUUCGCUCGCUCUCCAGCCUGCCACCGAUGGUUAGUCACUCCAUCUCUUACCCCUUCCCGGCCUUCCCAUCCAGAGCGGUUCCGUUCACCUCUCUUCCCGACCUGGAUAAAGUGGAGGAGAGCUGGCACUUCGGUAGCAGCUCGACAUCUGAAGUGUAACUAGGUCGCGGCCCACAGCAGACAGCAACAUUAAAUAGAAGAUCUUAUAUAUUUUACGCUAAAUCAAAUAA